UAACUUCUCUAUAUAUACGCACACAACCUCUAUCAUUCUUUCCUCCAAAUUUUUACAUAACUUCAUAUCCAUAAUUUGAUUUUCUUGACUAAAUACAAUGAAGCCAUCAUCAUCAUCGUUCUCUCGGGUUUUAGAAAUCACAGUGAUAUCCGGUGAGAAUCUUCACGAGAAUCGGAAGCAACCAGUAAAGAAGAACGCUUUCGUAAAUAUCAAAACAGAUAAUUCAUCAUGCAACGUCCAAACAACUAGAAUGGAUAAAGAAGGCGGAAGUUUUCCUGCAUGGAAUGAAAAAUUGAUCGUUGAUUUGCCCAUGCAUGCACGUCAUCUAACGGUGGAAGUUCAAUGCAAGAAUUCUUCGGGAAUCAAAACCGUUGGUAUUGCUAGGGUUCCAACGUCGGAUUUUAUUGGUGGAUUUUUACCUGAAGAUUAUUUGCACUUUUUGAGUUAUAGGCUUAGGGAUGUAAAGGGUGAGAAAAACGGGAUAAUUAAUUUCUCCGUUAGGGUUAAGAAUGCGCCGCCUCGAACAACCAGUUGUGCCGCUGCUUAUUCGCGGCAGUGGACGGUGGAACCGGUGGCUAUGGGAAGCAAGAACGGUUCUUGUGGGGUUGUGACUGGUAUUCCUAUGUAUCCUGGGAGUUCGUUAAUAGGUUUAUCAAUGACGAGAAAACUUUAAUUCUUUUUUUAGUUUAAUUUGCUUUAGUUGAUCGAAAUUCAAUUGAAUUUGUACAGACAGAAUUGCGAUGGUGUGUUUGGUAUGGAGGAACAAUAUUUCAUGUCCUGGUUGACGAAAAUGUUUUUUAAUUUUUUUUUUUUUUAGAAAAACAAGUUUCACUCUAUUACAGUAGGAAAAACAAGUUUUAUAAGUGACAUUUCAAGUUUAUUGUCUCCUUGAUCAUUCCACUCCUUGCUACUUUGAAACCCCCCUUUUGACCCCAUCCCACCACAUAGUGUGUUUCUAGAUUAUAUAUAAACUAGUGAACUCAUUCGUGAGAAAUUAAUGAGUUUAAAGAAGACUAGUCUUUUAAAUUUAGUUGAGGAAGAAAUAUUAAAUUUUCAUUAUGCAUAUAAAAGUUACUUAACGCUCUGUUUGGAUUGUUGUUACCCGUCGUUUCAUAAUAUAUCGUAUUGUAUUGCACUGUACUGUUUUGUAGAUAUAAUGUUUGGAUAGACUAUAUCAUUUGUUGAUGUUUAAUAAUAUUUUUUGUUUGGAUUGA